AUCCGCGAUCUCCCUACGAAGUCGAUGAAAACGCGACGACACAUAAUUGCAACAUCCUUAGUUAGCGGAUUGCACGCGUGACCGUUUGGCCCCGUGAUCCUUUUCAAAAAGAUCCUCUUAGUUAAUCUAGACAUGGUACAUGCAUCGCGAUUUAUGCUAAAUGUUUACCCGGCCAACGAUGUAUAAGUGUCUUAUUGUGCAGAUUACUUUAAAAGGAAACCUAACCUGAAAAUUGAAUGAAAGCUUGUGUAUAUGUGCGAUUCGAUCAAGCGGUAUGGAAGUAGGAUUGUUUUAUUGAUGGAAAAUCUCGAGGAAGUGAAAUUAACUCUCAAAUCAAACAAACAACUUGUUUCAAUGAAUGUCAGCAGCACACCUCACAUCGACAGGAUGUCGAAUAUCUACAACAACUCGAUGGUUCGAUUUUAUCAUCAUGUGUUUUACGAUUUAUCCGAUCCUCGGACAAGAGAUUGGUUCCUCAUACCAUCACCUGUACCUGGAACCAGCAUCUUAAUCGGUUAUUUGUACUUUAUCCUGUCAUGGGGCCCGAAGCACAUGCAGCACAGGAAACCAUAUCAAUUAAAGAAUAUUCUAGUCUGUUACAAUUUCUUACAAGUUCUUCUCAGUUUCUGGCUGUUCUACGAAGGCCUGGACGCAGCUUGGCUGCGAAAAUACAGUUGGAAAUGCCAAUCCGUCGAUUAUUCGAACUCACCGGAAGCACUCAGGAUCGCUAGAGGCGUGUAUAUUUAUUUUCUAGCAAAACUUUCGGAACUUUUAGACACAGUAUUCUUCGUUCUAAGGAAAAAAGAAAAUCAAAUUACGUUUCUCCAUUUGUAUCAUCAUACUGUUAUGCCAAUGGUUUCGUGGGGUGCCACUAAGUAUUAUCCGGGUGGACAUGGCACGUUUAUAGGUGUCAUUAACAGUUUCGUGCACAUAAUUAUGUACACAUAUUAUUUAUUGGCUGCGUUAUUACCUCAAUACCAAAAGUACCUAUGGUGGAAGAAAUAUAUUACAACUCUUCAAAUGGGUCAAUUCUGCCUAGCAUUUCUGCACAGUUGUCAAUUGCUGUUUUACGACUGCGAUUAUCCAAAAUGGUCGCUCAUCUUAAUUCUACCUAAUGCGGUAUUCUUCUAUUUCCUGUUCUCUGAUUUCUACAAUAACGCAUACAAAUCCAACGAGAAACAUUCAAAACUUUUGCAAGACAAGGAGACCAAGAUAGCAAAGACAGUGUCAAACGGAAGCAUACAAGACGAAAGAAGGAAAGUUGAUUAGUCUUUUGAAAGAAGAGACAUGAAUAUAAAAAAUCGACCGAAAUAUCGCCAUUUACCGAAAUAUCGAAUUAAUUAAAUUCAGUUAAAAUAAUCAAACGUUUAUUGAUGUUUGUUGAUAAUGACUGUGCUUCUAGUGUGUUUCUGAUGUGUUACGACGUCAGUGGAUUGAUUGUACAUUGUCAAUUCCAAGAUUACUUGAAAAUUUUUUGCUUCUACAAGAGAGGUGAAAGAGAUGAAUUUGUUUCAUUUAUCUUAUAGAGAAUAUAAGAAAUAUUUGCUUAUGAAAGAUAGUUUCUCUUUAAUUAUUUGCAGACUAUCAUCAAACAGGUUUUUGAACAUCAAUUAUAUUGAGAUGCUAGAAAUGUUAUAUCAAUUUUUAAUUCUAAGAUGAACAAUUUUAAAUAUUUCAAUUUUUAAAUAAUUAUAUGCUAUUGUUUAUAAAUCUUUUUUAUAAAUAUAUAUAGAAUAUAGAAUAUUAGAAUAUUCUAUAUUCUAUGAAAUAUUUUACUUUUAUCUGAAUUUAAAUAUAAAAUAUUGUAUUAUAUGUAAUAAUAAUAUUAUUAAUAUUGUAAUAUAUUAAAUAUAAUGUACUUUUUUGAAAUUAAUUAUAUAAAUUAAGUAAUUAUUACAAUUGAAUAUAAGAAUAUAAUUUCUGAAAUUCAUGUUAUAUGAAUAUUCUAUUAUAUUCUCUUUUCACAAAAUCGACGUUUCUUUGCUGCCAACUCAAAAAUAAUUAUAAUAAUUAUUUAAAACUAUAAAUGUGCGUGAAAUUUUAUUUAAAUAUUUUAUAAAUUAAUAUAGAAAAUAGUGUUUAAUGAUUAUUAAAUAAAUAUUACAUUAUAAAUGUUAAAUCACAAAUGUAUAUAGUAAACUGGAAUUCAUAAAACGA